AUUACAGAGCAUAUAAAAAGAAGGCUUCUUGUACACAAGUGCAUAACUAUUGUUUGCUAGACAUGCAUUUGUGCAUGCUUUUUUUUGUUUAUUCAGACGCUCAAGGUUAAGUGUGUCUGCCUGGUGAAUCAAUAAACCACCUGCAGAACACCUAAACAUCAUUCAACACUCACAGGGCUCAUCGAUUCUGAUGAAUUCUGUGAUUGUAUGUCAUUUACAUGACACUUCCAUUGUGUGUAUGUGUGUGUUUUGCAGUUUAACAGGUGGUUCCAGUGUAGAGGAAGGGGAUACAAAGAAGGAGGAUGUGCUCAACAUCUUUUCAGUGGCAUCUGGACAUCUGUAUGAGUGCUUCUUGAGGUUAAAGAGGCGUUUCUGGCCACAGGUCCCCAACCCGUCUCACAGAACUAUUGCUAACUGGUCACCUGACUGUCCCAACAAGCCCGACACUCCGAAAGAAAGGAUCCUGGCGGAGGUGAGCGUGGUGGAGGUGGACAUGGAUGACGGAAAGUCCCUGUGCGAUGAGGAUAAAGCAGUGAUGCCGCUCAAGAAGUACUUUUCGGAGGAGCGCAGCAGCGGCAUCGGUGGAUCGUCCGGCAUGUCCACUCCACACCAGAGCGUGUCCUCCAAUGACGAGGCUGACUCGGGCCAAACCACGGUCAGCACCGUGCAGUACUCUGCCACAGUGAGCAGCGGGUAUAAAGGCCAGACUCCCGGCACUCAGGCGUCGGUGUUCUCUCGUUCCGAAUUGACCCAGCCGCUACUGGAAUGUGAGGAAAACCCAGAGCACCUGUCCGAGGCCAGCGGCCACCAAACGAACUCUUACUUCAAACGACAUAGAGGCAAUGAGCAGCUGCACAUGUAUGAAGGAGAGGAGCCUAGCUUUAGCUCUCUGAGCUUUAGUCCAAUAGAGGAGGAGGACUCGCCCACUCUGACCGAGGAUCCUCCAGGUCCUGCCUUCGGUUACAUGCCGUAA